AUACCAAGAUGGCGAACAGAGCUUGGAUAAUUUUUGUCUCAUCACCUUUGAAAUUUAUAGCCUUUUGUGGGGAUCGGUAGGAUCUAUUUCCUGAAAUAUGAAGCUGGUGGCGAAGAGUUUCGAGAAAGACAGCUCGGGGUUUGUUGUCUUAGUACCAGAGGAAGCUGAAGACAUGUGGCAUGCAUACAACCUUAUAGCUGUUGGUGACCGUCUUAAAUCAACCACUAUCAGGCGAGUCCAAACAGAGUCUGCUACAGGAUCAGUAAGUAGCAAUAAAGUACGAACUACUCUGGCGAUAGCUGUGGAGGGGAUUGAGUUUGACACUCAAGCAUGUAUGUUGAGAAUAAAAGGGCGCAAUGUGGAAGAAAACCAGUAUGUUAAGAUGGGCGCAUAUCAUACAAUAGACCUGGAAUUGAAUAGGAAAUUUACUUUGAUCAAAGAAUAUUGGGAUAUUAUAGCUCUUGAAAGAGUGGACAUGGCUUGUGAUCCAGCACAGCAUGCAGAUCUUGGAGCCAUCUUACUUCAUGAAGGCCUAUGUCACAUCUUUUUAGUCACUUCAAGUAUGACAAUUGUUAGAGCUAAAAUUGAUAUGAAUAUUCCAAGGAAAAGAAAAGGAUUCUGUAGUCAACAUGAUAAGGGGUUGCUUAGGUUUUAUGAUGCCAUAAUCCAGGGCAUUCUCCGGCAUUUUAAUUUUGAGGGUAGGUAUGCAUGCUUGUAUAUAAUAUACAUGUACAAUAAUAUUGUGUAAUAUUGACUAGUGUAGCCUAAGGAUGUAAAAUUGCUGAGGUUAUUGUGGUCUAUUUUGCAUGUCUGUUAACUUUGUAUUGCAAUACACUUUUUCCUGUCACCUCCCAGUAAGUAAAACAUUUGCAUAUCUCCCACCUGUUUUGCAUGCACACCACGCCAUCUGCAGGUACAUGUACACAAUUGGAUUUCAGUAUAGUUUUUGACAAAUAACACCUAGUUUUUCAGCUUCAAGAUGUUAACAGUUACAGUAGUUAGCAAUAUGCUGCUAUUCUGGUGUUCCUGUUUUAAGUACAGGUUUAUUAAACUUGAUUUGGUCACAACAGGAAAAUUUUGUUUUCGUUUUAGUUGUGUACUUGGUAGCGUAGUUGAUUGCAUCAACGUCAACCCCAACGCACGUGUGGUAGUUAAACCGUGCCUUGCAUGAUGCGCAGAACGUGUGCGCACUAACAAAGCAAGGCACUGUCCUUAAACUGUUGCAGUUCUUUUGCAUCACAAUCGGGAAAUCUAUCCACCAUUGUUUUAAAAUUAGAAACAAUAAUAUUUCAGUUACCAUGGAAACUGGCCGUAAUUUUUUAGGUAUUUGAAAUUGGGCUUAAAUACUACUGGUCUUAGCCAAUCACAUUUUAGAAAUUUCUUUGCCUGUGGUAUAAUAGUUUGAAUACUUGAAAGCCUGUAUGAUUUAAAUUCUCAAAAUACUAAGUCUUCCAGAAUUUAAGCCUGUCAGAGCCGCCACCGCCAUGUGCUUUUUUCUGAAUAACUUUUCUCACCUCAGCUGCUACACACUUGAAUGGAGUAAAGUUUCAGUCCACAUUAUAGUGCAAGAUCUAAAAUAUUUAUGAAUCAAGUUCUCAAAAUGCAUGUAGAAUUUAAGUGCAAAUGUGUGAAAGCCAGAUGGAUAUGAUUUAAGUUUUCAAAAUGCUUGUAGAAUUUCGGUGCAAAUAUGUGAAAACUUGUCAAAGCCACAGGGCUGCCAAAGUUAGAAUAUUAUGCAGCCCACUGCUGGUGAAGAAUACAAGUGAACAUAUGAAAGAUCAUAUAUUUGAACUGUGGAGAAAGAUAUGAAGACAU